AUGCUGGCAGAGCCCUGUGUUUACAAGGAGCUGAUUGAAGAGCGUUGCGAGAUAGGCCUGCUCCCUUUAAACCGCUGUAAACAGAACAUUAAGACCGCUGAGACCAGGGAGACCAAACCCCUCUGGGAGGGGCCAAACUCUAACCAUGGCCUGCGUAAGGUGAUGGUGCGUGCCCACCGGCAGGCGUGGUGCUGGCAGGAUGAGUGGUACGGUCUGACCAUAGAGGACAUCAGACAGCUGGAGCUGGAGACCCAGCUAGCCCUGGCCACGAAGAUGGCCCAGUACAGCCUCAGUGACACCGAGGAGGGGGCAGCAGAGUCCAACAGGACCCCCGUCACGCCCGACCGGGACUUGGAGGGGGCCCUGCGGGACGGGGGAGAGGUGGAGGGAGGAGGGGCAGGGCUGGGAGAUACGUUACAGACGCGUGGAGAGCUCACCAAGCAGUGGUCAACUUCGUCUAGGUCGUCUAACAGAUCCUCGAUGAGAGGAGGUGAGUGGGAAAAGCCUUUAACUUUACAAAUCUCAAAUCAACCCCUAGACCCUAGACACUUUUUAAGUGGGCAAGAGGACUUCUCUGGAGAUGAGGAGAUGUUAUUACAUGCCAAGGAGAUGAACAAGUGGAGUUCCAAUGACCUGAUGGACAAGAUAGAGACUACAGAGACAGACGAAGGCCAGGAGAGCCUGUAUCAGGAGUCGGGUGAAGACUAUACAGUAACCAGUAGUGAGGAACGACUGAUUGAGGAUGGGUCGUCUCAGCAGUGUCUGACGCCUUCCAAGAUCCACGUUCUGGUUCUGGUUCUUCACGGGGGUAACAUAUUAGACACUGGAGCAGGUGAGCCAAGUAGUAAGCAGGCUGACGUCAACACUCUGAGUGGAGCAUUUGAGACAGUGAUGAGAGUGCAUUACCCAGCAGCCCUAGGACACAUUGCCAUCCGCAUGGUCCCCUGCCCGGCGGUGUGUGCCGACGCCUUUUCACAGGUUUCCAAUCUCAGUCCCUAUAGUUUUGAUGAGGGCUGCCUUUCCAACAGUCAGGACCACAUCCCUCUGGCUGCACUGCCUCUAUUGGCCACUUCCGCUCCGCAGUACCAAGACGCCGUGGCAACCGUCAUCCAACGAGCCAAUCAGGUGUAUGGAGACUUUAUCAGGUCCUUGGAAGGGGCAUCCUUCUCCGGACAGGUGUGUGUGAUCGGGGACUGUGUAGGUGGUAUCCUAGGGUUUGAUGCGCUGUGCAGCAGUAACGUCAUCGUUUCAGAAAGCCAGAACAGCAGUAGACGAGGCAGCACCGUCAGCGUACAGGACACAGACCUCCUCUCCCCUGGCAUCAUAAUAAACAGUGUCUCUCUGUCUUCUCCGUCUUCUCCGACUCUGGAGAGCAGUCGCCAUCUUAGUCGCAGUAACAUUGACAUCCCUCGCAGCUCAGGACCUGACGACCCCAAGAGAAUGCUGCCUCGCAAACGCAGCGACUCCUCCACCUACGAACUAGACACCAUCAAACACCACCAGGCAUUCCUGUCCAGUCUCCACAGCAGUGUAUUGAGAACAGACCCAGGUUCGAGGCGCUCCAGCGGGAGUACCAUGCUAGAGGGAGGGAGGCUGGACUUCGAGGUGGCAGACUUCUUCCUCUUUGGUUCACCUCUGGGGCUGGUGCUGGCACUGAGGAAGACUGUGGUGCCGUCCAUAGAUGCGGACCCCUCUGCCUCCCGCCUGGAGCCCCUUCUAGAGAAGAGGUUUCACCAGCUGCCCCCUUCUGUGUCCCCCCGAUACCAACGCUUCCCUCUGGGGACGGACACUCGGCUCUGCUGGUGGGAGACAUUGCAGAGUAACCCCCAUCUCCUGUUGGAGUCCGUACCCCUGUCAGUACCUGCCGCUUGCAGGGGGAGGCCGGACAUGCUCCACUCCCACUGUGGUAUGUUUGUGGACACCCAGUACCCGUCCUCCCCGCUGACUGGACCCCCCCACUCCAGGGGCCCCCGUAGGUCCAGUGAGGCCAGCAUCGCUAGCCAGGUGUCAGGCAUGGCCGACUCAUACACUGCCUCCAACAUCACCAACAUUGCGUCUCGGUGGUGGGGCAGUAAGCGGAUGGACUUUGCCCUGUACUGUCCUGAUGCCCUCACAGCCUUCCCCACUGUAGCUCUGCCUCACCUCUUCCAUGCUUCAUACUGGGAGUCCACUGACGUCGUCUCCUUCCUACUCAGACAGGUUAUGAGGCAUGAGAACUCUAGUAUUCUGGAGCUGGAUGGUAAAGAGGUGACCGAGUUCAAGCCCUCUAAACCCAGAGAGAAAUGGCUGCGCAAGAGGACACAUGUCAAGAUCAGGAACGUUACGGCCAACCACCGUGUGAAUGAUGCUGUGUUUACUGAGGAUGGAACACAGCUGGUGAUGGGACGCUUCAUGUACGGACCUCUGGACAUGGUCACUCUCACUGGGGAGAAGAUUGACAUCCACAUCAUGACCCAGCCCCCCUCAGGGGAGUGGGUGUACUUUGACACCGAGCUGACCAAUAGCAGCGGACGCAUCUCCUAUGUCAUCCCAGAGAGCAAGAGGCUGGGCAUCGGAGUUUAUCCUGUCAAACUGGUCGUCAGUCCCACGACCCCCUCAAGACACAAGGCAAACUUCCUCAAGGCCUCAUCUUUCAUCCCAGAUGGCUAUGCGUCUCAUCUCUCCCAGCUGGAGUACAGUCAGAGGUCUCGUCCUGCCAAGACCGCCAGCGCCCGUAUCGUCCUCCGUAAGGGCAGCUUUGGACUGGGCGCGGCCGGGGGGGACUACCUCCGCAAGCGCAACCACAUCCUGCGCUCAAUCAACCCAACUGGGGGGGCGGGUUCUAGCUCCUCUGGCCAAUCAGGACGUACGGAACGUACGCUGAGCCAAUGCGAGGUGGAGAGGGAGAAAGCAGCGGGGACCCAGAGGAGUAUGAGUAUAGCAGCUGGGUGUUGGGGCCGCACCGGGAGCACCAAGGAGGAGUCAGGAGGAUUACUCAGCCCUAAGUAGGGCUCACCAGACUGGGCUACAGGGGGAGGGGACCCUGCCUGACUGGACCUGAGCACCAUCUCUGGACUGGCCCUGAGAGAGAGAUGGAGAGAGGAGGAAAUAUGGUUAAGAGAGAGAUAAAGAAAAUGAUGGGAUGAAAGAGGGAUGAAAUAGGGGAGGGAUAGGGUUAACAGAGGGAUGGAGAGGGAGGGAAAAGGGCAGAGAGAGGGUCUCUGGGGAAAUGGAUAUAAAGCCAGAAAGAUGGGUGUUGCUCUAACUUUGAUGUACAUUUUAUAAAGACGUUCUACUGUAUCAUGAGAGUCUCACAGUCAAGACUUUUAUAUUACCUAUCUUGGCCACGAAAAGAACUGUAAGGAAAAACGAAACAUUUAAACAAACUAUCGUAAGCCUUAAUCGUUGCCCCCUUGGGGCCUGGAGGGCCCACCCUGGUCCGAGGAAUGGUUGAAUUUACUCUCUGCAUCUAAAGGACAAUGGGAAUUCACAACCACUCCAGCUCAGGACAGGCCCAGACAGUGGAGCCACCAAAAGAAGUGUCAAUGGUGACCUGGAGGUCAGGGUGGUCAGUCUGUAGCCAUGGCAACAAGCCAACAACUUCACCUCUGAUUUUAUCCCUUUAUCUCCGCUGAGAUACUGUCAACAAAGAAGCACCAUUACCCUAAGGAAAGAUUGAGGGAAGAGGAGAAGAAAGAGGGAGAAGGGUAAAUGGAAAAAGGGUAGAUACAGAGAGAGAUGCAAGGCAAAGGGGAGGGAGCGGCAAGGUUAUGGAUGAGGUGUAGAAAAUCCCUCUAGUCUCUAUUUUCCUCUACUGUUUUCAGUGUGGUACUACACAGUGGUUUGUAUUGUCAACGUUGGCUCCGCUCCAGUCCUUUUCAGUCAAUAACAGAGUAGCUACAGUACAGUACCAUGUAUCUCAGUAUGGCCUGUGGGCUGUCCCAGGCCUUAAACACCAACGACAUGUUUAUGAGUCAGACUCUGAAGGAACCCAGGACUGAGCUAAACAAGACUUGGCUUUGAUAUAACAGAAGACAUUAGUGACACUUUUCCGCAGACAGAAAACAGCAACAAUCCCUUUACCAGACCAUCUGCUUGCAAUACCUUUGAGCCACAAGUGGUGGGCGUUGCCACUCUCCCGCUCUGUUUUCCAUAAGCAUGAUGCUGUUGGUAGUCAUUCAUUCAUCCUGCGGCGCCCCCUAGCGCUCAACAUUUGUCAUUACAUACAAUUCAGUGCCCACUGGACUUUCCCUAUGAUACUCUGAGGAGUCUGAGCUCUUUCAUUCUUGAGGGAUGGGAUGAAUGCUAUUCAUUAGACAUUACUACAUUUCAGUCUGGAUAAAGACAUGAUUUGAUUUGAUUACACUUUAUUUUACAGUUCCCCUAUCCUGUUUUAGUUUACCUGGUAGUAAUACCUCAUGAUAGACGCCUUCUGAUACCAAGUUGUUUCCAACUGUGAUUAUCUGAAGUACCAGAGAAUAUACAAUGUUAUUCCUUAGCAAAUACCAGCUGUCAUAGGACUGUAAAAUAAAGUGUUACUGAUACUUUGACUAAAUCUAUGGCAACCUGUACACAAAAUGAAAGAUGAACACCUAACAGAGAAGCAGUAGUAGGGUUGGCACCCUUUUCUCUCAUACUGUCCUGUUUUCUGGCUCCUACUGGUUAGAUAUUGAUAUGAGAGAGUGUUCCUUUAUCAUCCACUUCAAAUAUAUUCCCAUUACUAAUCACACAAAGCCAACGCACGGCCAAAACACCUAUCUCUCUCUUAACGGCUGCAGUAUCUCAACCUGUUCAACCUCGUUGUUCUUAGCACUAGUUUAUGGUGGAGAAUCUAGUUACCAUCUCAUGUAGCUACAUAUUGUUACCUUUGUAGUGCAUGAUAUAAUAACUAUUCAUUAUUGCAGGGUAUGUGUGCUACAGCAGUACUUACACUCAUGUACAUUUCUUAAAUGUCAGGAUGACUUAAUAAUGUAAGUAAAUGUGCCAAGUACAAGACAGUUGUUGGUUGGGUGUGGAAAGACAAUGUACCAGGCUGUAACCCACCUUUCCUUUGUGCUGUGUAUGGUGAGAUGAGUUGGAGCUUGUUGCAUUCAGAUCAUGACGGCGUGGCUUUAACUAAAAGGCUGUGCUGUUAUAUACUGUAUUUUACAGAUGUAAAUCAGAUUAGAUCUAUGAAUUUGUAGAUAUGUUUUAAUCCAAUAUAUUGUCCAUAUCUAAGUAAAGGACAUAAUUGCUGAUAUAGGAUGUGGUUAUGGUUUUACUUAUGACUUGAGCGCUUGUAAGCUCUAGCAUGUUGCUUUGAUUCUAGGGACAUGCUACUAUUGUCAACUACAGUAGGGUGGCAGGUAGCCCAGCUGUUAGAGUAUUGGACCAGUAACUAAAAGGUCGCUGGUUUUAAUAACCCAGGCUGACAAAGUGAAAGAAAAUCUGUUUAUGUGCCUUUGACCCUAAUUUGCUCCCUUAUAAAACAACUAAUCUUACCUAUGUGGUGGGAUGUAGGGAUACCUAGUCAGUUGUCCAACUGAACAUAUCUUCCGCAUUUAACCCAACCCCUCUGAAUCAGAGAGGUGCG